AUGCGUCGGGAUACCUUGUCAAUUCCAAAAUCUCGUGAAAUAAAAGAAACUAAGCAAGCACAACCGGAUUCGGAACACGAAUCGAAGCUCGGUUCGUGGGCGUCCUUGACGGCGGACAAACGUCUAUCUGAAACUCGACGUGCCAUCGAGGCCAAGAAAGAGAUUAGGCGCCAGCGAAAGGAUUUGAAGGAGAGUGGUGAUUAUCUUGGUGUCCAAGGCAUCAAUCCAGAAACUGGCGUGCUCGACAUAAUAUCUCCGACUGAGAGCGAAAAGAGUGCGAGCCUACAAGCAGAUGGAAAUGCCAAUACGGUCCAGCAGGUACUAAAGAAUGCUCAAGCCAAGUAUGGCGAGGCCGUUCAUCCAAGUGGAACGGAUGAUUUACAACCACGAUCAAAACACGGGAAAGAACGGAUUCAACUAGGCCGCCUCUACCCACAUGUGAAAUGGCGAAGACACACCAAACAGUGGUCAUCGGCACAAGAGCCAGAUUUGAGCCCGGUGGCUCAGUCUCUAAAGAGUGGUACACCAGUUUCAGGGAUUGUAUGCAGUCUCCCAUUAUACUUUGACGCGUCUGACGCUGAGGUGAAAAAAGAUGUGGUGAACGCUUUAGAUCCGGCAACACCAGGACAGUUAGUUGACCUGAAUAUUCCCGAGGGCGGUGAUUUAGGCGAGCAGGAGCUGAGCACACCUCAAACAUCCGGUGAUACUUCAAAAACUUCUUUGACGGUGGUACAUACUCCCCAUCGGCUAAGCCACGCAGCUAUCUCUCCCGCUGCCGUGGAGCUAUUCGAGAAUGGUAUAGAGUUCAAUGGAGAGAGCUCCGUAGGUCGACAAACCCUGGGAACUCCCGAAUCCCAGGGCAAUACCAAAAUAACCCCAACCCGCUCAAUCAAAGACAUUUCGAGCCUGAAGUCCCUGGUUGCGACGCUCGACUCACAGCUGCAGAACCAGAAGGAUAGUCUACUUCCAGAGGCCGCUACCGCACCGAACACUCAGAGAACGGGGCACGAACUGUUAAAGAAUUCCAAAAGCGCCGAUAUUAUCGGGGAGAAAGCCCAAAGACAGACAAGAGACCGGGAGCUUCAGCUCGCAGAUCGAGGAAGCCCUCUUCAAAAGUUAUCAGCAAGAAUCAAAGGCCGUCAAAGAUUAAAGAAAAACCCUCUUGCCACUACCAGAGUGUCCUCUCUGGAUCAUAUGCUCAGGUCAGUGACGAAUUUGAAGGAAGCAAUGAUAGCGACGGAAUCCUCUUCGAAGGAAGACCUCGUCCAGGCGGAGGAACUUGCCCAGCCAGAGAUGAAAGUUGCCCCCACGAAGACCCCGGAUUCCGAAGAGAUGACCGUAACGACUGCCAGCGACAUGGGCAGUCAGGUCGGCGAAAUAGACAAGGGGACGCAAAGCGAGUGGAAAAUGCCGGCGGAGGACUCAGUGAAAGAUCAAGGGUGGAACAAUUGGGCCCAAGACGUAGUUCAAAGAAUGGUCGAGAGGAGCGAAGGGGUCAAGGACGACCCUGCAUCCACAUGCAUCACCACCACUACUGGCUCAGGCCAGACGACGUUUCCAUCGAGCCAAGAGCGAGAGCCCCAGAUCAAGAAAAGGAACCCCCUCCCCUCGAGCCAGAGCUUCAGCAAUUCAAUACCGACCAACAUGACUGCCGAUGGGAAAGAAUACCGGAUGAAUCAUGCACGGAGUACCUCGCUGAGCUGCGAACUAGAUCAAGAAACCGAUACUAUGUCGACUGCAAUCACCAAGCAGAAGUUGUCAGAAAUAGCCCAGGCAGACUUAGUUGUGACACCAGAGCGCCAAACUGCCCACAGCAUGUCACCAAUGUGUAUAUUGGCCAUGGAUCGACAAAAAACGAACUUGACAGCAAAAGCACCUGGGUCGGAAACAGUUGCAAUAUUAGUGCAAGAGAAGUGCAUAACCAAUCACAGGGAGCUGGCCCAGCCACAAGAGAGCACUAUUCAGGGUCCGAUUGCGGAAAUGCAAGUCGGACAGCUACUGGAGCCGGCGGAGCAGUCGACCCUCCAUGUCGAGGAGAGCUUGGGGAAGUUAAUGUUGAGCUACCCGGGGUCGUAUCCUCACCAUCCAGACGCCAACGACGACAUCGCCAAUCUUUUGAGUAGUCUAAUGAAAGAUAUGGGAUCUUGUGACCUACCCAAUUUCUAUCUUCGGCCACGCGAGAAAGGAGUAUUUAUGAUUUGUAAAGAGGGCCUCCAAACGUUGCAGUCAGUCCUACAAGAAUACUUUCGAUUGUACUUGGCCCCUUAUAUUCUUCCUGAGCCGGGACCGCAUAGGAGAAUGGAGGAUCCCAGCACGAUUCUUCAUAAUGUUGCAAUUUUGUUCUUGACUUUCCCCGGAGCCUGUCUUGCCGCAUGGGCCUUUUCAUAG